AAGACGAGAUGGAACUAUAAGGCAUGUACUCGGCAUUUUCAUUCUCACGAUUAGUAGUAGCUACCCGCGUUCGCUUCUUGUCCACGGCACUGAAAUGUCUGGUAUCAAAGGGAGAGUAUAUGUCGUCACUGGCGCUGCGUCGGGCAUCGGGCGUGCCUCUGCAAUCCGCCUAGCGGAGCUCGGAGCCGGAGGUCUGGCAAUUUGCGAUGUCAAUGCGGCAGGUCUCGACAAAACUGAGGAAUUAUGUUCGCUGCCAGGUACUAGAGUAGUUACGUCUGUAGUUGACGUCCGCAGCCAGCAACAGGUCCAGAAUUGGAUUGACAGCACCGUCGCUGAGUUUGGACGUCUAGAUGGAGCUGCAAACAUUGCUGGAAUUGCAGGAGGAGCAGGUGAUACAACUUGCGCAACCAUUGAAGAGUCUGACUGGGAUCGCAUGAUGGAUGUCAACCUCAAAGGCGUCAUGUGGUGCAUGAGAGCCCAGAUUCCACAUCUCCCCUGCCCAGGAGGAGCCAUCGUCAACAUCUCCAGCACCUCGGGCCUCAGAGGCUUCCCUCACAAUGCAGCCUACUCAUCGAGCAAGUUUGGAGUCAUAGGUCUUACAUCAUCUGUGGCUGGCGAGUUCGGCGCCGACGGUAUUCGGAUCAACUCCCUCCUACCUGGACCGAUCCGAACUGAGAUGUUUGAGGCAGGCGAGGCGAAGGGCUUGUUUGACUCGGAAAAGAUCAGCAAGUUGACAUGCCUUGGUCGUAUGGGUAAACCUGAUGAGGUAGCCAAGGUUCUGUGUUUCUUGUUAAGUGAUGAUGCGUCGUAUGUUACUGGGGCGCAAUGGACCGUGGAUGGAGGGUAUGCCGCCUGCUGAUGAGUGAAUAAUGGGCACCGAGAGAUUGGAGAAGGAAUAGUUGGUUAAGCAACGUUCAGCAACGAAUGGAUAUGCCUAUUUGGUGAUGCCUAAAAAUUCCCGUACAUGCCAUGCUCCUUAGUUGAUAUCACUAGGUUAAUAAAGUAUACUACGAGUUACUUUCAUAUUGAGCGGCAG